CAUUUCCACGGAAGCCCGACAGACUCUUUGCGUGUUGUUUUUUGUAAAUUGCAUGGCAUUUAACCAAAAUUUUGCAUUCUUAACGGAAUAUUGGCGUGCAUUUGGACCAUCUGAAUGCUGAGUGUGCGGACUCUUUUUGGCAUCGGCUUUCUGGUGACCUCACGGGCCGCAGCGGUUUUUGCUCAAACGGGGAAAUGCCCACUUUCACCUUCAGCUAACAACCACCAGAAGAACUGUCACAGUAGCAGACAAUUUUCCAUCAUGGCCCAGAGCAUCAAGUACCUUGGACAAGAGGAAGCCCAGCGCAUUGACGAGGAGCUCUUCAGUGAGUACGGCUUCAGUGUGGACCAGCUGAUGGAGCUCGCAGGGCUCAGUUGUGCUACCGCCAUCACAAGGGCAUAUCCACUGAGUUCCUUGGUCAAGCCCAAACCCACAGUGCUGGUUAUAUGUGGACCCGGCAACAAUGGAGGAGACGGCCUGGGUUACGAACCCUCCAUCCUGUAUCCAAAGAGGCCCAACAAACCACUGUUUCAGGGUCUGACCACCCAGUGCCAGAAAAUGGAGAUCCCAUUUCUUACAGAGAUGCCCGAGGCUCCUGUGAUUGACGAGGCCUUCAACCUGGUGAUCGAUGCCAUCUUCGGCUUCAGUUUUAAGGGGGCGGCGCGAGAGCCUUUUGGUUCCAUCAUCGAUGUCCUGAAGAAGACCACUGUGCCCAUUGCUAGCAUCGACAUCCCUUCAGGUUGGGAUGUGGAGCCCCCUCCGUGA